AUGGAAACAGCUCCGGCGAACCAUCAGUUUCAGUUUCAGGAUCAAUACGAGAAUCCGUAUUUUCUCCAUAGUUCUGAUCAUGCCGGACUCAUUCUCGUCUCUGAUCGUCUCCAAUCUGGUGGGGACUUUCAUUCAUGGCGUCGCUCUGUUCGGAUGGCUCUCAAUGUUCGGAACAAACUCGGAUUCAUUGAUGGCACCGUUCCAAAACCUCACGAUAACCAUCGCGAUGCCGGCUCUUGGUCGCAUUCCAACGAUAUGGUGGCGACGUGGUUGAUGAAUUCCGUCUCCAAGAAAAUCGGUCAGAGUCUUCUCUUUAUGAAUACUGCUGAAUCAAUCUGGAAGAACCUAUUGGCUAGAUUUAAGCAAGACGAUUCUGCUAGAGUUUUUGAGAUUGAACAGCGUUUAAGUAGUAUUCAUCAAGGCUCGAUGGAUGUGAGCACUUACUAUACAGAAUUGGUGACUCUCUGGGAAGAACACGAACUUUCUGUGUGUUCGUGUGGCAAAUGUGAGUGCAAUGCCGUCUUUUGGAGCAUUUGGAGCAUAUGGGACGUGAGGAGCAUGGAGGACUUGGCACAUGGACGCAGCUCAACUGGAUACGCAAAGGAAGAAGGAGGAAGCCAUCUUGAAGACCAGCUCGACCGGUCGAGUUCCUCAACUCGACCGGCCAAGCUUCAACUCGAUCGAGCUGAGAAGUCAACAGUCAAACCCGAAAAAUGUUGCUUCCCCCUUGACUUUCCUUUGACCCUAAACCUAAUCCUCUUGUAUUUAAAGGCUAAAAGCCACGAAAAAACCACCAAGCUUUAG